UAGCUUCCUGUUCAAAAAUUUGUUCACCUAGAAUCCAGCAGAGAUCAUGGCAAGAAGCACUGCUGCAUCCUGGACUGUGCUAUUUUAUUUACUCAGUGUGUUGUGUGGGAAGAUUCUCUCCUUGGACCAUGUGCCGGUGUUGCUCUGGUCCACACACAGAUCCUUCCAAGGGCUGGCAUCCUCUUUACAUGAAGGGCAUAUUAUCUCAAAGCAGGAGCUGCAUACCUUGCUGAAAUUUACAAUUUUGUCUCCAGAUUCCAGAAAUCUUGUUCUGUUUCUGCAAGAUACACUUAGCGUGGAUGACUUCACACGUUACUCGGACUCUUCUGGAAAAGAGACACCAUUUUACAAUGUGCAGGAACUUCUUAAGACUUCAUCAUCUUUGGUUUUGCCAGCUGUUGACUGUCAUGCGAUUAGUCACCUUUCAGACUACCUCCAAGAAUUGCUGAACUGGACUUUAGUUACUGUGGAGGGUCCUGAUAUACCUCAUCUGGCAGUGAAUUUAUCCAGACCCAAUCUAUUUGUGGUAAACCUACACCGAACCAGGAGAACAAAUGAACUUUCCCAUCAAAAAGAGCUCAUGGAAAAUGACCAAUUAAUUGGAAGUUUUACCAGAUCUUUGCAGCAGCAAGGAAUUCAGGCUUCAUUCAUUUAUACAGCAAGAAGACCUUCAAGAGUGCCCGUGAAACUUGACCUAGCAUGGCAUACUAGGCAACAGCUAAUGUCUGCUGAAAAUCAGGAGAAUGAUCUGUAUCGUCCACUAAAUGUGACCAAUGAUGUCAAUGGGACCACUUGCAUCCUUUUUUAUGCUACUAAUUUUAGCCUUACAACCAACCAGAUUUACCUAAAUCUGACUGAUUUAACAUUUAUGCACCAGAAUGUGGACACCAGUUCAUCUAAUUGUUCUGACAGCAGUGCAGUAUUGUCAUUGAAGUACAUCAACCCAAUGAAUACCAGUAUCAAGAGCCUGGAAAUAAGGUUUCUGAUGACAAACAAGUUCUGUAAAGGCUCUGCUCGAAACUGGUUCACUUUGGAUUUUGUUUUUAUUCAGCAAGACAACAAGAGUCUUGCUAAAUUUAAUGUCAGUGACAUCACUGGUCCUGCAGAGUAUUCAUUUCACUGCCAACUGGUGGGAACAGGGUAUCACCAAGGUAUAACUCUGAUUCCAGAUGGUGAUGAAGCUAGAGACUGGCAUAUUGACAUUUCUGAUUUCCAAAUCCAAGCUUUCAAUGUUGAAAACAACAAGUUUGCCUAUGCAAGUGACUGCACAACAUUCUUCACCCCUGCAAUAUGGAUGGGUUUGGUCACUUCUUUAGUUUUAUUACUGAUUCUUACCUAUGGAAUCCACAUGAUUACAAAUCUCACAACAAACAGUAGAUUUGAUGAUCCUAAAGGCCCAGCUCUUUCAGUACCUCAGACAGAGUAACCACAAAUGAGCAGUGUGAAUAAUUUUCAAACUGUCCUUCCAACCUCUUAUUGUAUGAAAAAAGCCAUAGGUAAUGUAUGUUAAUAAGAUAUACAAGCUUUGGGGACAAUAGGAAAUAUAUUUCUUGGACAAUAGAUGGGUGAGUGGCUCUGGAAAUUCUGCCAGCUGUUAUUUCUCUUUUAAAACUAAAUGAAAGCCCCGAGGCAAAACUGUAACCAUUCACAGUUGUCGCCAGCCAAAAGUCAGCAGGUAGUGCCAGCAGCUUCAUAAAUGUCAUUUUAGAAGGCUAUUAUCAAGGCAUUUUAGAAAAGGAUUUGUUAAAAUCUAACUGCAAACAGAUUGUGGUGAGUAAUAAAUAGGCCAGAUAUGCCCCUGAACAACCCCACUUGAAAAAUAAGGGCUGGUAUUCAGUACUACAGUUGCAGAUUUAUAACCUAGAGUUACAGAUCAGUAACUGGCCUGUAUCCUUUAAGACUAUGUAGUCCUACUGAACACUUAUGUAAAUGUGAUCCCAGCCUACUUCAAGUGCCAAAUGUUAGAUCAGGCAAAGGAAGUCCAUUUAGCUUCCUACUAUAGUGCAAAGAGCAUGAUGUUUCUCCUCCUCUCCUUCCAGCAAGUGAGCCUGCAACAAAUGAAGGCAAGAUCCCUGUCACAAGUUCUUGUCACAGGCUCACUCACAGGCAUGGAAGGAGUGGAAAAGUUGUCUUCAUUGCACCCCAGUGGAGCCUGAAUGGACUUCCCUCACACUCAUAAGAUCAACUGGGAGGGGAGUUGGACCAAGAAAUGCUAUUAAGGCUGCAUCUGCACUGCAGAAAUAAUGCAGCUUGACACCACUUUAACUGC